AGCUCAAGCAAUCCUUCUACCUUGGCCUCCUAAAGUGUUGAGAUUACAGGCUUGAGCCAUCGUGCCCAGCUAGACUUAAUCUCCUGCCAUGUGGAAUCCCAAUGUGUCUGGGUAGACUAACCCAGAGGCUUCCAAAGAUUGUUAAAGGUAUGGAAUUUUGUCUUUAAAUAUUUUAGUAAAACUCCUAUAUGAACUAAAAGGGUGUGCUCAAAUUCUGCGGGGGAAGAGUACCCCUCUAGGGUUCCAGGACACACAGUUUGAAGACCACUUGGUCUGCUCAUCACAAGGCCCCUUUAUGCCUGCUCUCGUGGGGUUUGAGUGUUUAGGAUUCCAAGAAGGGAGGGCUCUCGUUCCCACGGGCCCAGGGGACCCAAAGGUAGGGAGUCUGCGGCAGUGGGAACCCCCUCCCCUCCAGUGAGUGUCACUCAUGGGUCUCAGGAUGAGGUCUGGAUCUCAGGACCGCGACAGCCUGGGGCCAGGAGGGCCAUCCUGGGAGACCCGGUGCCUCUCCAGCGUCUUCCGCCCCCUAUGGCCCUCUCCUGCUUCCCACAGCUCAGGGAGGAGGUGAGCUCUGUUUGUCUCCUGGAGCCGCUAAACAGAGAAGGCGAGGGCUCUGCAGUGGGAUGACGGUGAGGGCAAGGGCAGUUGGGGGGCACCCAGACCUGGGAUGCAAGAGGCCUGCAGCCCCACCUUGCCCUCCCUGCUGGCAGAGGGCCCUGAGAGCCCAGGUGGUGGUGCAGUCCGGGGAGGGAAGGGAUGCCCCCAGGCCCAUGGCUCCAGCCACUUGGUCUUUAGUCUGGUGGCCUCAGUACCCUCAGGGUUCCUCUUCCGUCUUACCCCGCUCUGCUAUCUCUGUUCCCUAUUGGAUCAGAGCCCCAGGCACCCCCAGCCCCUGGCCCUGACCUGUGAGGCCUGGCUUACCUGGGAGGCUCAGGCCGAUGGGCGGAAGGAGCAGGGCGUGCCUGCCUGCCCAGUGCUCCAGCUGUCUCCCCGGCCCUCACCGGGGCCUGCUGUGCGGCGCCUGGCGGCGCUAAGGCGGGUAGGCAGGAAACCCAAGCUGAGAGGACAUCAAUCAUUCAUAGGGCUGCUUGCCGGGAAACCCUAACCCUGGCCCAGUAGGGCCGAGUGAUCAGCCAGACCCCCUCCCCCAGCCCUGACUGGCCUGGACAGUCAGACCCUCCUCCCCCAGGCCCCUCCGGCCCACCUCCUCCCACAUCACCCCCUGUGCCACUCAACCCAGCAUUCAAGGCGUCUGUGAUCUGGCCUCUUCCUCCAUUUCACAUGCCCUCUGCUCCGGGCAGGAUGUCACCCAUGGGGGGUCCCAGUGGGCCACUUGCUUGUCCCUUCCCACCUCCCAGCCAUUGUCCAAAUGCCUCCUCCCGCCUAAGGUGCCUUCCCUGGUCCUCUGUCUAACAAAGGCCUCCACCCAUGUCACACAGCUGGGCUGAGUCCUCUGUACCCUGGCUUUAUUCCCCACAUUUUAUAGAUGGGGAAACUGAGGUUGGGAGGGGACUUUGCUGGAUCUCCUGACUAAUAAGUAGCAGGUCUGGCAUCUGAGGCUCAUGGCAGCCACCAUGUCCUGGUGCCCUUUGCUUCUGACCGAGUACAGUUCUCUGGACCCAUCUGGCUCUGCCCUGGCCAGCUCUGGAGCAGAGCACUGGGAUUAGGGCUGGGGCUGCCUGCCUCACUUACCCUAAUCCCCCUCAGAGCCCGAUCCUAGGCUCCCAGCUCUAAGAGUGGGGGUGCAUAAGCAGCUUUAUGAGUCCUGAGAGCCAAGGGUGUCCAGGAGUGCUGUGUCUCUGAGCCCUGUCAUCCCUCCCCCAUGGCCACAGAGCAGGUGAGCGGGCAGCAUGGCCCAGACCCAGCCACUGGCCCUCAGAAGACCCCUGUGACUCCCAAGAGUGAUGCAGAGGAGCCCCCGAUGACCAGGAAGAGGAGCAAGAAGAAGAGGGGACUCCGAGGGUCCCGGAAGCGCACUGGCAGCUCUGGGGACCAGGCAGGCCCCGAGGACCCCGGGAACAGCAAGCACCCUCCCAGGACUGGAGAGGGGCCGGCAGGGGUACCCCCUGCAUCCCCUGGGCCGGCCUCUUCGCGCCAGUCCCACCGACAUCGUCCUGACUCCCGGCACGACGCUGCUCAGAGGACAUACGGGCCCCUGCUCAAUCGAGUCUUCGGGAAGGACCGAGAGCUGGGCCCAGAGGAGCUAGACGAGCUUCAGGCCGCCUUUGAGGAGUUUGACACUGACCGUGACGGCUACAUCAGCCACCGGGAGCUGGGCGACUGCAUGCGGACCCUGGGCUACAUGCCCACUGAGAUGGAGCUCCUGGAGGUCUCCCAGCACAUCAAGAUGCGCAUGGGUGGCCGUGUGGACUUUGAGGAGUUUGUGGAACUGAUAGGCCCAAAGCUGAGGGAGGAGACGGCGCACAUGCUGGGGGUGCGGGAGCUGCGCAUCGCCUUCCGAGAGUUUGACAGGGACAGGGAUGGACGAAUUACCGUGCCAGAGCUUCGGGAGGCAGUGCCGUCUCUGCUUGGGGAGCCACUGGCGGGUCCUGAGCUGGACGAGAUGCUCCGAGAAGUGGACCUCAAUGGGGAUGGCACCGUAGACUUUGAUGAGUUUGUGAUGAUGCUCUCCCGCCACUGAGGCUUCAGGAGGGAGUAUCUGUUGCCCCUGGGCCCCAGAUACCAGCAGGACCCAGGCUGUGCCCCUUCCCCAGGAGGCGCCAGGAUGGAGAUGGAGGGGACCCAGCAGCCCCCAGACUUCUUCAAUCCCUGAAAACACCUGGCCUCAAGGUCUGCUUGUUAUGUCACCCGCCCACCCCCAUCCUCACCUUCCCCGACUCAAGCUGCCUGGAAAAGACUUGCACUCAGCUGCCCACCGUUUCUCAGUGUGAGCAAGACUUGGGUAUCUCCAGAGCCCUGGAAGGUAGGGAGUUCCCUGGCACUGGCAGCAUUCAGUGCCCCCCCAUCCCAGUGGCAUGAUGAAUUGAGAGGGUGGCUGGACCUCUCCUGCUACUUACAUUUAUAAACUUUUUUUUUUUUUUUUUUUUUUUUUUUGAGAUGGAGUCUUGAUCUGUAGCC